AACAGCCGCUCUUCUAACGGUCCCUUUUUUUUCUUAAACGGCUCUCUCUCUUUCUCUCAAUCGUUUUGCAUCAAAUUCAGACCACAUUUCUCGCAUUUGGAACUCCAAAUUUUCCAGGAAAAUAAAACAAACUCAAUUUUCUUGAGAAAAUUUACAUUUUUCCGACUAAAAGUUCUCAAAUCCAGAAAAUCCUGAUAUCGGCUUCUCCUCCUCGAUCUGCCCAAACUUAAGCUCGGUUUGGACGUAUAAUCUGCAAGGCGCAGGUGAAGCAUCAAUGGCUCCGACUUAGAAGCAUUAGUGUUUUGACUUAAUUCGGAGUCGUAUGCCAGUGAGUUGAUUAUUCGUGCAUUAUUAACAUGUCUAAGCUUCAGAAUGAUCCUCUCCUACAAUUGGAAACGAUCUGUGGAUCCCUUCUUUAUGAGUUGCAGAUAAUUUGGAACGAGGUUGGAGAGUCGGAUGCUGAAAGGGAUAAAAUGCUUCUUGAGCUUGAACAAGAAUGUCUUGAAGUAUACAGGAGAAAGGUGGAUCAAGCAAAUAGGAAUAGAGCUCAAUUACGACAAGCAAUUGCUGAUUCUGAAGCAGAACUUGCAGCUAUCUGUUCUGCCAUGGGAGAGCGACCUGUACAUAUAAGACAGGCGGAUCAAAAUGCUGGAAGCUUGAAGGAAGAACUUCGAUUAAUUCUUCCACAACUUGAGGAGAUGCGGAAGAGGGAAUUAGACAGAAGAAAUCAGUUCCUUGAAGUUCUAGCUGACAUACAGAAGAUCUCAAAUGAAAUAUAUGGAUCCGCUGAUCAUGUGGCUGUUGAUGAAACUGAUCUGUCCUUAAGAAAACUUGAAGAGUUGCACAGACAACUUCAUGCACUCCAAACGGAGAAGAGUGAUCGAUUGAAGCAAAUUCAGGAACAUCUCGAUACUCUAAAUUCACUUUGCUUGGUGCUUGGUAUGGACUACAAGCUCACGAUUAGCGAGAUUCAUCCAAGUUUUGGUGAUUCUGAAGGAUCAAGGCUUAUAAGUAAUGAUUCAAUUCAAAAAUUGGCUACCGCAAUACACAAACUACGAGAAAUCAAAAUACAAAGAAUGCAGAAGCUGCAAGAUCUUGCAACAACAAUGUUGGAGCUAUGGAAUUUGAUGGACACUCCAAUCGAAGAACAGCAAAUGUUUCAGAAUGUUACCUGCAAUAUAGCUGCCUCAGAACAGGAAAUUACUGAACCAAACACUUUAUCUGACGACUUCAUCAAUUAUGUUGAGGCAGAAGUCUCUCGGUUGGAAGAGUUGAAAUCAAGCAAGAUGAAAGAUCUUGUUCUGAAGAAGAGGUCAGAGCUGGAAGAUAUCUGUAGAAAGACACAUAUGAUUCCAGAAGCAGAUACUGCAAUAGAUUAUGCAAUAGAAGCCAUAGAGUCUGGAAACGUGGACCCUGCUAAUGUCCUUGAGCAGAUUGAACUUCAAAUUGCUAAUAUUAAGGAAGAAGCUUUUAGCAGGAAGGAAAUACUUGAAAAGGUUGAGAAAUGGUUGGCUGCAUGCGAGGAGGAAUGUUGGCUUGAGGAGUAUAACAGGGAUGAAAAUCGAUAUAAUGCCGGGAGGGGAACUCAUCUUACUCUCAAGCGUGCUGAGAAAGCUCGUGCUUUGGUUAAUAAACUUCCAGGUAUGGUGGAGGCAUUAGCUUCAAAGACCAUGGCAUGGGAAAAUGAGAGAGGCAUUGAUUUCUUAUAUGAUGGUAUUGGCCUUCUUUCUAUGCUUGAAGAGUAUACCAUAUUACGGCAGGAGAAAGAGGAAGAACGACGGAGACAGCGGGAUCAGAAGAAGUUGCAGGGGCAGCUGAUAGCAGAGCAGGAGGUACUUUAUGGAUCAAAACCAAGCCCUUCAAAGGCUCAGAAUCUUAAAAAAGCUUCUAGAGUUUCAACUGGAAGUGCAAGUAGCAAAAGGCUUUCCCUUGGAGGAACAAUGCUCCAAACUCCUAAACCUGAUUUAACCAACUCCUGCAAGGCUAAACAAAAUACACGUCCAGGCAAGAAAGUUGACCGAAUGCACCAUCCUGACAAUGUAAAUCACCAUCAGGAUGAUGGCUUUGCAGCGUUAUCAGCUGGUAGGAGAGGAUUGGAUAUUGCUGGUCGUCCUGCAAAAAAACAUUCCUUCAGUUCUGUAAAUGCUCAGGAAGCGGAAUCACCAAUGCUGAGGAAACCUUUCUCACCUAUUUCUUCCACAGGAUCAUCCAAAGCCAACAUAUUAGAUGUGACUACAGCAAAUACGGAAACAUCUAAGAAGACACUUCCUACUAAUAACUCCUUUAAUACUCCUUCAAAAACUUGUUUAGCUGAUGAAGAGAAUAUGACUCCCAAGGCAAUGCCAAUUCCAGUGCCCUCAACACCAUCAACACUGUCUGUUCCAAUGCAGACAGCUGUGACCCCAGCCUCUGUAGCACUUCUCUGUGGUGCUAAUCCAGCAGAUGAGGUUGUAGAAGUAAUUGAAUAUUCAUUUGAGGAAAGAAGAGCUGGAUUUGUUCUUCCCAUAAAUAACAUUAAGUCAAUAAAAGUUUGACAUGAAUCAGUUUUAGAUAGCUAGAUUGAAGCGUUGUUAUUGCUAUGUUUGAUUUUUUUUUUUUUUUUCUUCCAUUUAUUCUUUUUUUUUUUUUUUUGGGAACACUAUGGGAUGACAACAUUGUAAUUGGCUUUUAUCAUAUUGUAUAUAGUCUACGAUUACGAACGUGGACUAGGUUGUUAAAAAUGUUUCCUACUAAUCAAGAUUAGAUUCAA